AAUCCAAACUCAAGAACUCCACCAUCUUCGAAGGUCCAUACUUUUCCCAAUAAACCAGAAAAGCACAGGUGGAGCCGACCCGACCCGUUUUCCUUCCAUCUGCCUGGUAUUUUGUUGUAACAAACUGGGAGUGAGUGCUGAGUUCAUCUGCUUUCUUCUUCACUUAUAAACCCUCAAAAAAAAUAAUCUAAAAGAACUUUUUUAUAGCAUCAAAUAAUGGUGCUAGCAGCUUCUUUAACAACAUGCUAUGCCGUUUCUGUACGGCCGUCCAGCUCUGCUUCUAGAAACUUCUCUCUUCUUCCGCCGCUAUCUCGUAUCCGAAGUCCAAUUCAACAGCGCCAGCCGCACCUCGCCGGAGCUAAUUCCGGAGGUUCUCUCUUAUCUAUAAACGGAGUGAGGUUGCGACAGUCAUCUUUUGCUGCUGUAAUUGGUGAUACAACUUCUGUGUCAGAUGGAGCAAUUAACGAGGAAGUGUCCGCUACUAAAUUAUCUGAUUCUGCUACUACUCAGGAAACUGACGUGGAAAAUGGAGAGGACAGGAAAGAUGCUUCUGAAGGGUUGGAUGAGAAUAAAAUGAUCCGAGUAUGCGACAAGUUAAUUGAGGUCUUCUUGGUUGACAAACCCAAACCUACUGAAUGGAGAAGAUUGCUAGCAUUUAGUAAGGAAUGGAACAAUAUUCGGCCCCAUUUCUACAAGCGAUGUCAGGACCGAGCAGACAGUGAAAGUGAUCCUGGAAUGAAGCACAAGUUUCUCAAGCUUCAAAGAAAGCUAAGAGAGGUUGAUGAUGAUGUUCAGAGGCAUAACGAACUUCUUGAGGCAAUCAGAAGGUCACCAUCGGAUGUUAGUGAUAUUGUUGCCAGGCGUCGUAAAGAUUUUACAAAAGAGUUUUUUGCUCAUCUUCACACUGUGGCAGAAUCCUAUUAUGAUGAUCCAGCGGAACAAAAUGCUGUGGCAAAACUAGGGAAUAUGUGUUUGGUAGCUGUGGAGGCUUAUGAUACUGCAACUGAAAGUAUGGAAGCGUUGAAUGCUGCAGAGUUGAAAUUCCAAGAUAUAAUCAAUUCUCCUUCCGUGGAUGCAGCUUGUAAGAAAAUAGAUGAUAUGGCCCAAAAAAAUCAACUUGAUUCAGCACUGAUGCUCAUGAUUACAAAAGCAUGGUCAGCAGCCAAGGAGUCGGACAUGGCAAAAGAUGAGGUCAAGGAUGUUCUUUAUCACUUGUAUAAGACAACAAGAGGAAAUCUUCAGAGGCUCAUGCCAAAAGAAAUCAGAAUUCUGAAAUAUCUACUCACGAUUAAAGAUCCUGAGGAGCGAAUGAGCGCUUUGAAAGAUGCCUUCACACCUGGAGAAGAACUUGAAGGGGAAGAUGUAGAUAAUUUAUACACGACUCCGGAGCAGCUAUACAACUGGAUAGGGACAGUGCUGGAUGCAUAUAAUCAGAGUAAAGAAGGCACUCUUAUAAAAGAAGCCAGAGACUUGAUGAACCCUAAAAUAAUUAAGAAAAUGGAGGAGUUGAAUAAGUUGAUCGUAGAUAACUUCAUGUAAGCAUUUGCUUGAUCGUAAGAAGGUACGAGCUUUGCUGUCAGUGCCAGAUUCAUGCUCGUGCUAUAAAUCAUCCAUACGCAAUAUAUCCCUACUCUAAUCUGGGGGACUACAUGAUCGCGUCGCUGGUUGUAUAGAAAAUUUGGAACUUUGUGUAUGAUAGGGCUUCUUAUAUUUAUUGUGGGAUGAUAGUUAGUUGAUGGUCUUUCUCCUACAGAGAAGCAUGUUACAUUUUGAUGCUCAGUUACAUCUUUAGUAUGAUCGUUAUACACGAAUAUAUUAUUUAUUAUGAAGCUCAUUGAUAGUCAACGAUCAA